AUGUUUACACUAUUUUUUUUAAUUAUCUCUCAUCUACUGUACACAGGGAUAAAAGUGUUUACAAGUAGUGGUGAUAACAUAGUUCACCAUAAUGAUACAAACACUGGUGAACCUUGUCGAUGCCAUCCAAUUGGAUCGAUCGUUCGUCAUGACUGUGACCGAAGAAGUGGACAGUGCCGGUGCAAACAAGGGGUAGCUGGCUUAACCUGCGAUCGCUGCCAAGAUGGAUAUCACCAAACCCGCUCGCCACUUAAUCCUUGCACAAAAGAUUUCACAUCUCGUGCAGUAGCCUGGCACAUACACCCGGAGAUGUGAACUGUCCGUCAUGUAGCAUCAACAAGGAAAGAAUCAAACUGAAAAAAUUCUGUCGUAAAGAUGCAGUGUUUGAAGCAACUUUUAAAUCACGUGAACUUCAUGGGAAUAUGGCUCGUUUCGAAAUGCAAGUCAUGCAAGUGUGGAGAAUCAAUAAACAAUCUCUUAAGGGAAGUUCAGGUAUCUACUGGCCUACUUCCAAGAAUUUCAUCGAUUCGGGCACAAUACCGAAGAUGAACAUGAAGAAGUAAUGAAAAAGAAUCAGAAUGAAUUUAUUCCUGUAUGGGUUCGUCUGAAUGAUUUACGAUGCAAAUGUCCUUAUAUUGAACUGGAACUUCAUAUCUUAUAGUCACAGAUUUCGAGAGCUUCACAAAUAAAGUGAGAAACGAACUGUUAUUUUCGGUUAAAACUGCUGUUUUACCUUGGCGCACAAGUUGGAAGCGCAGACUUAUUCGAUUUCGUAGAAGAGAAAAUCGUGGAGCCUGCGAAAAGUUUCGUGAACCUACUAAACUCCUUAGUGUUUUUCGACCGAAACAAUCACUGACAGUUCCAAUGGCACACCGUGUCUGGUAUUCAACAAGUACUUCUCGAUUUUCCUCGUCAAAUCAUAAAAGUCCUUCAUAUUCCUUGUCUUUAAGACCUUAUUCAAGCUAUAGAAAUGAUCAUGAAGUGUUUUAAGACGGUUUACAAUUCAUUUACUCAUAUCAUUCUGAACUAUGUACAAAAGUUUUUCAUUUAAAAGCACCCAUCUAUCCACUAUACCAAUGUCAAUUUAAAACUUCUCUGUAAAUUUUGAAGGUAUUUCUAAAUAAGCAUUCAUGGUCAUCUAUGCAUGAAUUUUAAUAUCAAAUGCAAACAGAAUGUUUACUUCAAGUAAUAUUAUAACAUGCAUGCAAGAAUAUUUAUGGUUGACCUCUUAAAAAACUUUAGGUUUCAUUUAUAACAAUGAAAGGUAUAUGCGCACAAAACAAACACAGUACGAGAAAAACAAUCACUUAUCACCAUAAGUACUUCAUAUUUUUUUUAUCCACUCCGGAAACAUUUAUAGCUCGUUUAUAAUCUCCUUUCACAGCAUUUGAAUGAUUUGUAGAACCAUUUCUCUUCUUCCAGUUUAUAACAAGUUUAAGAAGCCAAACCUUUUACUUUCCUUCUUCUUAUUCGACUAAAUACUACUACGACUAUCACUACUGCUGGUGAUGUUGAGUUUGUUUGCAGUCGCAACUUAAAUUAAAAAAACUAUGUCCAUUUUUAUUGAAAACAAGUUGUAGAUUUCUCAUGCUACGUAUCGUUUAAAACGAAGGAUUGCUUCAAACGUUUCGAAACAGUAAAUGUUUCAGAAAGAAAUUUGAAUUAGUUGCGC